AAAAUAAAAAUAGUUUAAAGUAAAAAGAAAUUAAAAAUAAUAUGGGAAAGUAUAAUAUAUUUGAAAAUAGGCAUUGAAUAAAAAGGGGACGAAACGAUUAAAUUGGGAGUUCUUCUCUUCGCCUUCCCGCCUAAUUGGUCAUCAUGGGCACCAGACCAAGAACUCGAAGCUCCGCCUCUGCCACUCCCCCCUCCGUCUCCUUCAAGACCGACCGGAAGCUCAAAGCCACCACCACGACGCCAAACACUCCGGCUACCUGUUCUACAUCCAUCGUUCCUUCCUCACUCAAAUCAGUUUUUCUGUUCGAUUGGUGGCUGGUAAAGGCUAACGAUGGCGAGGGAUUGGCUAUCGGAGGGUUUACAUCCAGAGAAGCUGGGAUAAGAGCAUUUUAUUCUGCAGCGAUUUCUAAGAGACAUGAAACUACUAUUCUUGAGGCAGCCGAUGGCAUUAUCAUUUCAAUCAGUGGCUUCAUAAAUAGACCACGAACACUUGAAAAUGGCUUUCCACCAAAGGUGUACAAUCAUUUCCUUCUUGGUUUUCCCUUCAAUUGGAAAGACUAUAUGAGAUCUAGUUCGGAUAGAAAAUCCCCUUUCGAGUGUUUUAAAGCAAGUACUCAUUCCAACGACCAAGGUACAAGUCAUUAUUUAGAACCUGACUUGGAUAAUCUUGCAAUAACUAGGUUGCGAGAUCUCUGUUUGUCCACUUAUGGAGAAUCUAGUCAUGGUCAUGGCCUCUCUAGGAAGAACUCAAAUUCUAGUGGUAGUCCAACAAAAACUUUCAAAUUUGGACUAGAGACCCCGAAAGGACCUCAACAAGUAAAUUCCCAUCAAGAUCUCAAGGAGCAAAGUUUCUCGAAUGAGGGGAAGAAUAAUGAUGUAAUAAAGGAUUCGUUGCACGCUAGUCAAGAAGCUAAUAAGUUGGAUAUGGACUUCCAGAUUCGAGGAAGACAAGGUGUUUGUACAAGAAGCAUGACAAAGUUGAAAAAUACUAGGAACAGAAGUAAAGAGAGUCUCAUAUUAGAUUCUCGGAAGAAGAAAAAGAGUAGAAUAUAGCUCAUGAAAACUCGGGAAAGGGAAAUGAACAGAGAAUUAAAAGUAGUUAAGAUUUUUUACUAGAUCUGAUAAGGAAGUUGAUGCAAUCACAGAUGAGAGCAGAAAAUCAAAUCUUAGGCAAAGGAACCGAAAGGAGAAUCAAUAGAUAGAGUAGAGAAUCAAGUUUUUGCGUGCAAUGUUCGCAAUUACUCCCCAAUGAUCGAUAUUCAAAGCAAGUAUAUACUUUUUUUGUGGUUAUUGCUGUGUAUGUAAAACGGUUUUAGUGACCUCAUGAUGACACAUUCAUCAAAUUGCUCGAGUGAGGAUUAUGUCUUUCAAGCCAUAAACAAAGCUGGCAAUCUUCUUCGAACAAAAAACAAGUCAUUUUAGAUUACGGAUAGACCUUCCUUAGAAUUUCCGCGGAAGAGCUUCUUGUUUUCAUUUCUUCUUUUUUUACUUCGAUUUUUGUGCAAAUGACAUUUUGUAUACGAAUAACGUGAUUUUGUUCUCUUUGCACAUCAUAAUGUCUUGCUAUAUUUGUUAAUAUUUUUAGUUGUCAUUAGAGAUUAUUGAUAUUUUUUUGGGUAAUUAAAGCAUGCAUUAUAAACUAUACGGUACUACAAAUUUAUUGUUUAAAAUAGCUUCUAUAGAAAGUUAAUAUUUAGUGGAAAUAUAUUAUCAAAGAACAUAAGACAAAAUUAACUUCUACAUAUAAUCCCGCACUAAAUAAGGAUUAUAAUUGGUUUCUAGUCCCAUAUAUUCACGUCAUUUUACAAAAAUUUUCUCCACUUUCAACCAUAGUUUAAAUGUAAGCUUUCCACCAUCCAAAGACAACCUAAACAAGCAAACUGAGUGAUUUUAAAAUAAAACUACUUUGCGUUUAAUCACUAAAAAUCAUUUCAAUUUUUCAUUUCACUUGAUUCUGAAAAUCACAAAAGUAAUUUUAAUCCUUAGACAGGGUCUACAGAUACACAUCAAUAUUUUUUACUAUUAUAUAGAAAUCCACGUUAGUAACCUAUAGAGGUCUCACCAUAUCCUUUCCUCGUCCAACUAAAAUACAAAGAAUGACAUCUAAGAAUUUUGAAAAUUAAAAACUAUAGAAUCUUCAGCUACACGUCACGAGUACUUUUUACACAAAUGAAAUUAUCAAAAACCAAAAAGAAAAGAAAAGAAAAGAAAAAAGAGUUUGUGUUUGUUUGUUUGUUUGUUAAUUCUUUCUUUCUUUCUUUUCUUUUUCCUUUAUUUUCUUUUUUUUUUUUUUUUUUUUUUUUUUUUGGAUAACAAA